AUGGCCCCUAAAGCUGCACAGCCGGCGGAAGAGGCCACGCCAGGCCGAAGCCCGGGAUCACUCCCGGCGAGUCAGCUACCUUGGGCACAGAUCCCAAGCUUCGUGGCAGGUGACACAGACUUGGAUGACUAUGGGAAGAAACUGACUUUUCUGGCAAGCAUUUGGCCCGAAGAACACAUUGGACAUUUAGCCCCAAGAGCAGCUCUCCAGUGUGAUCCAGUUUCAUUCAAGAAGAUUUCACGAAUCAGCCCAGAGGAACUCAAGUCCAAGAAGGGUGUGGCGGCUAUUUUGGCCGCUUUAGGCCUUCAAUGGGGAAGGUUUUCUGCAGAAGACCGCUACCUCAAGUUCGAGCGAGCGCUGUUCCUGACGGUUCAGAAGGGGGAUGAGACAAAUGACAGCUAUCUAGCCAGGCACGACGCCUGCUUCGAAGAAGUGAUGGCCAAAGAGAAAGGAAUCAGCCUCGAAGAAAUUCGAGCAUACAUCCUCCUCCGACAUUCAGCCCUCUCCUCGGAAGACAAGAAGCGCAUCAUCGUUGAGUCGGAUGGAGAGUUGAAGUAUGGCCCAACCCGAGACCGAGUUCGUCUUCUGGGAUCGAAGUUCUUUACGGAUCUUCAUGGACAAGCAAAGCCCAAGAACAAGACCUAUGACGUGAACAUCACGGAGACGCCCGAUGAGGAAGAUACCAUGGUGACUUUUGAACCUCCUGAUGAACAGCAGGAGGAACAGGCCGAGACCACCACCAUGGCGGAGACACCCUAUGAACCGGAGCAGGAUCCGGAACUCAUGGACACCUUGCCGGACGACGUCCAGGACUAUGAGCCGGGGCAAUUUGAAGUUACACCUUCAGCCAAGACGCGAAUCAAUUUUGAGAAAGCCUCCUCACCGAUCCUUCCAGCCUUGAAUGUCCAUGACCAGACUGGACUGGGGCAGAUGAUGGAAGAAGCUUCCGACGAAGCCAUCUUGGACACCGGA